AACAUACAAACACCUGAAGAAUAUUCAAGAUUUAAAGGCAACCAGAGGAGAAAACUGUCAAUGGUCAUCAUUACAAACUCAAUUUGAGUGAGAGGAGAUCGAUAUGGCGCUGAGAGAGUUAAAAGUUUGUCUCCUGGGGGACACUGGCGUUGGAAAGUCAAGUAUUGUUUGGAGAUUUGUGGAGGACAGCUUUGACCCAAAUAUCAACCCAACAAUUGGGGCAUCCUUCAUGACCAAGACAGUGCAAUACCAGAAUGAGCUGCACAAGUUCCUGAUCUGGGAUACGGCAGGACAGGAGCGGUUUCGUGCUCUGGCGCCAAUGUACUACAGAGGGUCAGCGGCGGCCAUCAUUGUGUAUGACAUCACAAAAGAGGAAUCCUUCCAAACACUGAAGAACUGGGUGAAGGAGCUACGACAGCACGGUCCUCCCAAUAUAGUGGUCGCCAUCGCUGGAAACAAAUGUGACCUGUCAGACGCCAGGGAGGUGUCAGACAAGGAUGCCAAGGACUACGCUGACUCCAUCCAUGCCAUCUUCGUAGAAACCAGCGCCAAGAAUGCCAUUAACAUCAACGAGGUGUUUAUAGAGAUAAGUAAGCGUAUCCCUGUUGCCGACGCAGCCGGAGGAACUUCAGGAAAAGCUUUCAAACUGGGACGUCAGGCCUCAGAGUCUCGCAGGACGUGCUGCUGAUGAUGCCGGUGACUGCCCCAACCUGACCUGUGACCUGACCUUUGCUUACCCUCUGUGCUCCCGGUCUGCUUCAUCUUACAACCACCACACACCCUCAAACACUCAGCCGUCACCGAUACCGGGGUGAAGCAGUUCCAUUCUGACGACCAUAGCAAAUGCAUUUUUGCGGCACUCAACAACAGCAAAUCAUCAUAUAUAUAGUCUGAACAUUUCUGUCAGGAGAAAUACUACAAGUUUCUGAGCAUUGACAAAAAAUGUCUGCAUUAAAAUUAUAUGUAAGUGAAAGAACCCCAUACAUAUACUGGCUCCUGCUUGCGGUAUUAUAUCCCCAGGUUGAUCAGAGGAACUUUACAGCUGCACGAAUUCAGAAAUCAUUUGUACUUGUAAAUUUGUACAAAUCUACUUUCAACCAAAACAUGGACUGAAAAUGUUUAAUGUCACCAAAUUAUUUUGAUAGCACUGAAGUUAUUGCCUUUUGUUUCAGAGGAGAUCUCUUCCCAAACAUUCUCCACUUUGUGAAGGAUCCAUCUAUACAGUUAAUGUGCGUUGUCAAUAAUUUAUCAUAAGAGUUUGAUGGAAGAGGUUAUGGUAGUCAUUAGUGUUUGCACCGAUAUUUAAUCUCAUUUUUGCAUUUUGGAAGGAUAUUUGAAGAGAUGUUGGUGAUUCACAGUCAAGCAAGAAGGAUCGUGCACACUAAAUUUAUUGUGUGUUUGUUCUUUUCAUCAAGAAGGCAAAACAGCAAGGGAGUGUGUUGAUGAUAAUUGCAAUCACAUGGUGAAAAAUGAAGAAAUGAAAGGCUUGUGCGAGUCUACUUCCUUUACACUAAAGGAACAGUUUGACAUGGGAAAUGUGCUUUAUUGUGUUCUUGUCUAAGGUCAGAAGAGAACAUUGAAACGUGUCGGUACAGUAAAUGUUAGGGAUGUCAACCGUUAAUCAGGUGACCACAGAGCCUAUAUUUAACCAGUUACGUAUGUCGGUCCGUAGGUUAACUUUGCUGCUCUUCAGUUUACUCCACUGUGCACCACCACCCUGGUCUGGUGGGAGGGAGCUAGCUCGCGGCGCCACACCAUGGUGGCAGGAUGGAGUUUAUGUGAAAACAUUGUGCUCACCCUCCAGUCUCCCUCCAGGUUGCCCUGGUGAGUAGGCUUAAUUAUAAGCCACAAAACUCCUUUAGCAUUGUUAAGCACUGUUAGCUCUGUUAGCACCUAUAGCAGCGUCAAAAUGGCUAGAGGUGCUAACAUCAAUGCUAAAGGGGUUUUAAAGCUCAAAAUGAAGUCUCUCACUCACUGGGGAUACCUGAGGGUGACCAGAAGGUGGCCACCAUGUUUCCGCAGCAACACAUACCCACCAUCAUGGGUGGGUGUUGCCAACGGUAAUUGCAGAAUGAGCAGCAGCGCUAGCUAGCUCUAAUCCAGCCCAGGUGGUUCGCAGUGCAGAGCAGCAAAGACUAACAUUAGCUAACCAGUGGAGACCGGAAGGUGGGCAGUUAGCACUUAUUUAAGCACGUAAACGCAGCUAGCUGGCUGGCUGUCAGCAAAAAAUUGACCACCUCUAAAUGGAUAGCACUUUGAAAUGCAGCGCUAAAACUCAAUGAGUCAGUGGAGCACCAGACUAAAGGAAAGCGCCUCUUGUGUGUCUUGUCAUGUUGCAUUUUUUUAACUGAUUCGUGACAGAUUAAUGAGUGUUGGGCUAUCAAAAGAAAAAUAACCACAACUGACAUCCCUAGUAAAUAUAAAGCUGGAGCUAGCAGCUGGUUAGCGUAGCUUAGCAUAAAAACUGGAAAUGGUGCAAUCAGCUAGCCUAGAUCUGUAUAAAGGUAACAAAAUUCCACCAGUAUCUCUAAAGCUCACUGAUAAACACUUUGUAUCUGUUUGUUUAAUCUGUACAAAAACUGAAGUGUAAAUACUGGAAUAAUUUUACAGGGAGUUAUAUGGCUGAUAAUUCUUGGCUCUGAUUAGCUGCUGGGCAACUGGCGAAGAAUCCAAGAAGUUAAUGGUCCCAGCCAAGAAAUAGUCUGGCACAUAAAUCCCUUCGGAAUCCAAAUGUUGUUUUAACUCUUUGAUUUUUGUACAAAUUCAACAAACAAGACAGAGCCAGGUGAUUAUCCCUGUUUCCAGUCUUUAUGCUAAGCUAAGCUAACCAGCUGCUGGCUGUUGCCUUAUAUUUAAUGUACAGAUAUAAGAGUGGUAUCGUUCUUGUGAUCUAACUCUCCCAGAGAGCUAAGAAGCGCAUUUCCCAAAAAAAACCUACUCCUUUAAUUGUGAAUUGUGUUGUUAUUCUCUCCAAGUUUCUUUUAUGAUAACAGUUCCAGCUGCUCACAUGUGCGCCACACUUCCACAUUACUGAAAGGUAUUAACAGAAUCCUGUGUAUGAGGUCCACUGUAGUGCACGCAGUGUAGUUGUUUCACAAUAUUGCUUUAGCUUUAUUUUUCUCUAAUCUCAUUUUAACUGACGAGCCCGCCCGUCCUCAGUCCUCUGCUGCUACUUCUCAACAGUUUUACAGAGCAGGCAGAUUUCUGUGAGGUCUUGCCAAAUUCUAUAAUUGUCCCAUAAACAUUUUUCAUCUUUCCUUCUUUUCUUUUUUUUUGCACAUAAUCAGCAACGGCGCGCACAUGCAAUGUUGUUUUACUACCUGGCCUGUGAUGAAAACAGCGAGAUCUGGAAACUACUACGACCUCUUUCAGAGGAAACUGAGAGGAUUUUUGAGCUCAAAACUCCCCUCGGCAGAAGGUUAUAGGUGCAGAAUCAGACGUGGCGCUGUGUCGACAUGCUGACCCCUUAAUGAACCUUGGUCUCCAUUCUGCUCUGAAUUACUGUAUGUGUUUUGUUCCAAGGUCUGCCUUCUGAUUUUCCUUUCUCCCGACUUCUUUUGCCUCGUUCCUCUAAAUUCCGGGAACUUAUUUUAGGUCCAGCUUUCAUUUUGUUUCAAACAAAUGAAGUACACUAUACAACCACUUUCACAGAGCUCUAUCAGUUCCUCUUACUACUCUGUGAUCCAUAACACAACAACACAGUAGUUUCAUUUACCUCUUACGUUGGCCUAAUUGAAUGUCAGUAGAUUCAUGAGCCCCCACAGACUCACUAAUUCUGUGUAAUUUCAUGCUUGUCUGUAUCUCUUGAGCCCUUUUAGUCCCAAAACCUAUUUUCAAAGGUGCCAAAAAGAAUACAGAUGCUGGCGUAAUUAGACUGCAUUUCCACGUCUAUAAAUUUGGAUUGUGUGCUCCUCUGACAGCGCAUGCCACUUUGUUUGCCUUUAAGCAUCUUACACGUUGCUGUGAUUGAUGAUUUGUGUGUGAAGCAGUGCUGCUUGUUUCUUCAGGAUUUUCCUACAGAGUGCAAUAGUUGUUACUACUACAAAAGUAAAAAUUUGACCUAAUCCAUGAAGUCAGUUACAGAGUGAUAAUGUUCACACAGCAGAGCACACACUAAUGCAAACAGAUGAUGGUGACAGGUUUAUAUUGACCUAAUUUUAGGCUGAUUUGAUGGUAGUUUCGCUCAUGCAUGGGUGAUCUAAAUAAGCCAUGUGAUAGGGCACAGCAAAUCACUGAAAAAGACAGUGACAAUCUAGGUCGAAAUUUAAGGGAAAGUUCAUAUUUUUUUUAAGUGUGGUUGAAUGGAUUACUUUUCCAUAGUCAAGUGUCUUACAUACAGUGGAUGUCAGUGGAGUGCAAACAAGGAAGCUAAGCAAUGUACUGCUAGGGAUGAGGGCAGCAAUAAAACGUAUUUUAGCCACCUAAAAAAAGUCCCACCUAAGAAAAAAAAAAAAAAAAAAAAGCAAUGUCAGAUCAAGUGCACGCUAUAUUUAGAAUAUUUUCACUGCAUUAUCUUACUGUCAGACACCAGUUUCCAACAGGGAAAUGAAGCUGUUAUAUCAUUCUCCUUAAAGCCAGACUCCAUUGAGGAAAAACAGUGAUUUAACAUCACUGAACACAGGAGCUGCUGGUCUACUGCUGCCUCCAUCAGUUAUUUUGUUUGUUUUAUUGUGUGACUUUGGCAUUUGAAAGGGUUAGUUUGGAUUCACCAAAGUCACACAAUAACAUAAAUUAACUCUGUGAUUGAGGCAGCAGUAGACCAGCAGCUCCUGUGUUAACUGAGCUAAAAUUACUGUUCUUGUCAAUGGAGUCUGGUGGCUUUGACGAGAGCAUGGAUGGGGAACUGAAGCCAAUUAUGGCUUCCUUGUUAGAACAGGCUGUCUUCUUAGGUGGCUAAAAUACAUUUGCUACAGCCCCUCAUCCACAGCAGUAUAUUGCUUAGCUUCUGUGUCAGCCUGUUUCUCCAAAGUGUGGGCAUGCCUGCCGACAGACCACUACUGUAUAGCAUACUCUGAACAUGAAUAAGUAACCCCAAGCUAUCUCUUUAAACUUGCAACUGAUUUUGAUUCACUCCGCUGUCUUUGAUAAUUGGCCCUGCAUGGCAUUAUAAUGACAACGCUAACCAGUAUUUGAUACAGCUUCUGCAAUUAUACCAAAAAGGGAAUCAGUCUGGUUCUUUGAACGCUGCACAUUGACUCUUAAUUGGUCCUUAUUACUACAAUAACUAUCACUCUGUCUGCAGUCUUUGAAUAUCUCUGUGAAAUCACUGAAACAUUCUUGUAAUGUUAUCAGACUUCUAAAUGUCCCUUGAUGUUAUUUUAGGUUUUGACUGUUUGCUCAGCUCUUAUCGCUACAAAGAACACAGUGCCAAAUAAUGUCAACGCCAUUUUACCACACCACGCAUAACUAACUUUUUUUUUUUUAUUGUCAAUGUAAUAUAAUGAUUUGUGCUGAUCACGUAAAUGCUUAAUGAUAUUUGAAGUUUGAUAAUGUUUUUUUUUUUUCCUUUUGUGAAAACAGGAGGCAUGGAUAGAGAUCGUGUGACAGUUUUGCAUUGAAAAAUACCAUUAAAGAGUCUUAGGCUGGCCCUAGGAAUGUGAUUAAUCUAUAUUGUGUAUAUUUUUCAGUGUAAAUAUAUACCAUCGAAUUGCACAUAAAUCAAUGACUAUACUCUAUUCUAAGUCAGUCGUGUUACCACAGUAGACACAUCGUACACCGUCUGCAGUAAUUCCAUCAGCAUUGUAGUUACCAUAUUUAGCUUUUUACUAUGUUUCAUAUUGAUUGUAACAAAAUGCCUGAAAACACUUGUUUGCAGUGUGUUUCCAAAUGUGUAAAAAGGGAAUUGUCAAUUUGUUUACUAAUAAAAGGUUGACAAAAA